AUGAAGCUGCCGCCACAUCGACCGGGUGUGGAUCAUGAAGUCAACCUGCAGCCUGACAAGAACGGCAACGAGCCACCCCUUCCAGGAUUCAUCCGAGCGAGUAGCUCAGCGGCUGCCGCGCCGGUGCUGUUCCGCGACCGAUACCCACUGCCCUCAUCGCGGAGACCCUGCAGAAUCUGGCCAAGGCUAAGUGGUUCACCAAGAAAGACUGCAUUUCGCACGAGGUUUGGGCUCUACGAGUGGCUCGUGUGCCCUUUCGGCCUGAGCGGCGCCCCGGCAUCCUUCCAACGAUACAUGAACAGUGUAUUGCGCGAAUGGCUGGACGACUUUGUCACAGCGUACCUGGAUGAUGUACUGAUCUACUCGAGCGGUUCGAAGGCGGAUCAUGAGGCUAAGGUGCGACGAGUUCUCCAAGCACUCGCCGACGCUGGGCUGCACCUAGACCCAGCGAAGUGCGAGAAAGGAAUCGCCUGCGACCCCGAAAAGCAGCGCGCCAUCCGCGAAUGGGAGGCCCCGACCACGGUGAAGGGUGUCAGAAGCUUUCUGGGCUUCGCCAACUAUUACCGGAUCUUCAUCCCCGACUAUGCCAAGAUCACGCAGUCUCUGGAUGCCCUGCUUAAGAAAGGAACUGCCUUUCAUUGGGGACGAGCGGAGAACGAGGCGUUUCAGGAGCUGAAGCGACGAUUUUGCGAGUCACCGGUGCUCAAGCAGUGGGACCCGAGCCUCCCGACCUUUUUGGAGACGGAUUGCUCAGGCUACGCAUUGGGAGGCGUCCUGUCGCAGGAAGGCCCAGACGGACGUCGACACUCAUGCGCCUUCUUCUCGAAGCGACUUUCGCCAGCGGAGUACAACUAUCCCAUUCACGACAAGGAGAUGCUUGCCAUCAUGAGAUGUCUCGACAACUGGAACGCCGAACUUAGGAGCUGCGGCCCAUUUACAAUCCUUACCGAUCACCGCAACCUGGAGUAUUUCAUGACACGCCAGAAGCUCACGGAACGGCAGAGCCGUUGGGCAGCCGAAUUGUCCCAGUUCGACUUCAAGCUCGAGUAUCGACCGGGAAGCGAGGCUGUCGUGCCUGAUGCGUUGUCCCGCCGUGAACAAGACAAGCCACAGGGCAUUGACGACGAGCGGGAACAAGGAAGAAUGAUACAGUUGAUACCGGAUAGUGCCAUUCCAUCAUCGACAAGAGCAUGUAUCAACGCGAUGAGUUCUGACUGUUCAGAGGCAUCCACCCUGCCGAAGAUGAAGGUCUUCGAGGUAGCGGACCUGCAGCAACUCUGGGACGAAACGGUGGCGAAGGACUCGAUAUUCCGGGCAGCCUAUAAGGCAGUCCGCGAUCGCGAGCGUGCCUUCCCGCCCUCGCUGGGCCUGAAGAUCCAGAUUUCAGAAUGUGCGAUCGACGCAGGCAAAAGGCUGACAUUCAGAGACCGUAUUUGGUCGCAUGACUCUGUUGCGACCGGUCAUCCCGGCAGGGAAGGUACGCUGGCUAUUGUGGCUCGGCGAUUCUACUGGCCUGGGCAGUCCCAGCUGGUUCGCCGUCGAAAGGGAUUUCUCAAGCCUCUGCCGAUUCCAGAUCGACCCCGAAGCCAUUUGUCCAUGGACUUCAUCACAGAUCUGCCGCCUACUGGACCGAGCAAGGCAAGGUACCUGUGGGUGAUUGUGGACAGACUGACAAAGGCUGUGACCCUCGAGGUGAUGGACAACAUGGAAGCUGAGCCGUGUGCAAACCGUUUUCUCCAGUGUCAUUACCGAUUUCACGGAAUGCCACGGUCCAUCGUCAGCGACCGCGGGAGCAACUGGCUAAGUAGGUUCUGGAAGAGGUUCUGCCGUCUUGCAGGUGUCACGCAGAAAUUGAGCACGGCCUAUCAUCCUCAGACGGACGGAGGGCCAGAGAGAAUGAACCAGGAGAUCGAGGCCUACCUGAGAGCCUACGUGUCGUACGUGCAGGAUGACUGGGGAGAACUGCUCCCUGCCGCGCAGCUGGCACUCAACAAUCGUGAAUCCGCAGCGACCAAGAUCAGCCCCUUUUCGCUGAGCAUGGUUACCACGUCGAUCCCAUCAGCGUCGAGGAAUCGGAAGAGCCACCGAGGCAUAGAGAGGAAAGCAGAGCUGAUAGCCUACUCAGUCGCCUGCAGGAGGUCAAUGAGUACAUGCAAGCAGUAA